AUGCUUUGCGAAUUAGACAUCGAGAAUUGUAAAGAGGUGGUGUAUGAAGAUGAAGCAGACAUCAUGUCACUCAGGUCUAUUAAUAUUUCUCCUGCUGCAGAGUUCCAGUACCAAGCAGAAGGAUUCAUGCAAGGUUUGAGAAGAUUAAAGGAUUUGAAGGUCUGUAGUUGUGAAGGAAUGUCAUUUCUGUGGCAUGAUGAAUUGCAACAGCUGACAUGUCUUCGUCAUUUAAUAAUUGAUGACAGUUCCUUACAGCAUCCCAUACUGGAUGAAGAAGAAACAAGACAGGUAGAGUUGUGGUUGCCUACCAAACUCGAAACUCUGGAAUUAAGGAAAUGUGACAAUCUUGUUAAGGUACCCGAAGGAUUGCAACUAACAUUACUUCAAGAGCUACACAUAUAUGAGUGCCCAAGUCUCAUAUCUUUUUCGGAGUCCGGUUUGCCAUCUUCUCUCCACGUUUUGAAGAUUGAACGCUGCAAAAAUCUGAUAUCCUUGGUGCAAGAGGAGGAGUACAGUAAUUGUGCAGCUACUUGUCUGGAGUCUUUCGUUAUUAGAAACUGUCCAUCUCUUAAAUCCAUAUCAUCAGCCAAUGGCAGCUUACCAGCAAGGUUUAAACACCUUUUCAUCAGGUAUUGUCCAAAUCUUCAGUGUUUAUCAUGGGGCAAGUUACCAGACAACCUUAGAAAGCUUGAAAUAUAUGAUUGUGACAAUUUAAUUUGCUUAUCAUCUUCCUGUGAGCUACCUGAGGCGCUUGAAAGCUUCCAGAUCUGGAGUUGCAAUAGGCUUGACUCCUUGAAAGCCACAUUGCCCAAAUCGCUUAAAAUCCUUCUCAUAUGUAAUUGUGGACAGCUGAAGUGGAUAACAGAUAGGUUUGUUGGCAACAAUUGUCUUCAAUAUAUUUAUAUCAAAUGGUGCAAGGAACUUAGAUCAUUACCUGAGGGCCUCCACCACCUCAUCAAUCUUGGUACACUAAUUAUUGAAAAGUGUGAAAAACUAGUUUCGUUCCCUCAAGGAGGGCUGCCAACUUCAAAACUGAGAAUGAUAUAUGUGAUAUGUGAUAAUAUGGUGGCAUAUCUUAGAGGCAUUCAAAAUCUCAUCUUUCUUAAAAGAUUGGAGAUAUCUUACAGUGAAGGAUUCAUGAAGGUUUUAGAAGAAGUCGGAUUGCAUAGAGUCACCUCUCUUAGAAAGCUUCAUUUGAGUGGUGAGGCUACAGAUAUGGAAUCAUUUCCACCUGAACCUGAAGAAGAAGAAGAAGAAGAAGAAGAAGAAGAAGAAGAGAAUGUGGAUGAUGAGCUGCAGGGGAAGACGAUGUUGCCAAACUCUCUCACCACCCUCAAUAUUGAGAGUUUCAAGAACUUGGAUAAGUUAUCUGCGGGAAUUUAA